GGCUGUCACGGUGUCUAGUCACAGAGGAAGGCUGUGCUUCUCUGGUCUCAGCUCUGAGGUCAAACCCCUCACACCUGAGAGAGCUGGAUCUGAGCUACAAUCACCCAGGAGACUCAGGAGUCAGACUGCUCUCUGCUGGACUGGAGGAUCCACACUGCAGACUGGAGAAACUCAAUGUGGAACAUGGAGGAGAGAACACAAUGAAACCUGGGCUUAGAAAAUAUGUCUGUGAUCUCACACUGGACCUAAACACAGUAAACAGACACCUCUCUCUGUCUGAGGAGAACAGAAAGGUGACAUGGAGGAGAGAGAAGCAGCCGUAUCCUGAUCACCCAGAGAGAUUUGAGGUCUAUAGACAGGUGCUGUGUAGAGAGGGUCUGACUGGGCGCUGUUACUGGGAGGUAGAGUGGAGUGGGAGAAGGGCUGAUAUAGGAGUGACAUAUAAAGGAAUCAGCAGGAGAGGAGGGGUUAAUGACUGUGGUCUUGGAUACAAUGACAAGUCCUGGAGUCUGAUCUGCUCUGACAACAGUUACUCUGCCAGGCACAAUAAUAAUUACACUACCAUAGACGUCCCCUCCUCCAGCUCCCACAGAGUAGGAGUGUAUCUGGACUGGCCAGCCGGCACUCUGUCCUUCUAUAGAGCCUCCUCUGACACACUGACCCACCUGAUCACAUUCACCUCCACAUUCACUGAGCCCCUCUAUCCAGGGAUUCAUCUUUGGGGUUGCGAAUCAGUGUCCCUCUGUCAGUGAUACACACACACACUGGACACAGACACACACACACACACACUGGACAAACACACACACACUGGACACACACACACACACACUGGACAGACACACUCACACUGGACACACACACACACACACACUGGACACACACACUCACACUGGACACACACUCACACUGGACGCACACACACACACACACUGGACACACACACACAGUGGACACACCCUGGACACACACACACUGGACACACACACACACACUGGACACACACACACUGGACACACACACACUGGACACACUGGACACACACACACAGGACAAGCACACACACAGGACAAACACACACACACAGGACACACACACACACACACACACUCACACUGGACACACACACACACUCACACUGGACACACACACACUGGACAGAUACACACACACACACACACACACUGGACAGACACACACACACUGGACAGACACACACACACACACACACACUUGACAGACACACACACACACACUGGACAGACACACACACACUGGACAGAUACACACACACCCACACACACAUUCGACAAACACACACACACACACACACACUGGACACAUAGGACACACACACACAGGACACACACACACACACACUGGACAAACAAACACACACACACACACACACUUGACACACACACACACUGGACAGAUACACACACACUGGACACACACACACACACUGUUAAAAUACCAAUGUGAUAAUUUGUUGUCUUUUAUGUUGAAUAACAAAUUGUAUAAUUAUAUAUGGACAUACGCUCCAUAGUUGUACAAGUAUACAAGGAUAUAUUGUACUUUUCAUAAUAAAACAUACUUGAAACAAGAAAA